AUGGCGACCCAAACUGUCAACCCCCCGACCGUUGAUGGUUACCGUGAUUCGGAUGAUGAGUUCAGUUCAGAUGAUCAAGAGUUUCACGUCGAUGAACGCUCUGGACGGUCUUGGCCGACAAAGAUUCUUCACAAUGUUAUCCAACCUAUCAAACCAAAGCUGGUAGAGAUUAGGAAGGUUUCAUCUGCUGAUCCUACGCGAUGCAAGCCCUCGAGGGGAGCGAGGAAGCGAUGUGAUGUUCAAGAGAACAAGGUCGAGGGCAUUUGGACGUAUGAUAUGACCCCGAAGACUUCUGGUGGAGAAAAGAAGUCCUAUUCCAGAAGGAUAUUGUACUUCGCUGGAGGUGGAUGGCAAGCACCUCCAAGUGGCCAACAUUGGACUUUCUGCGCAGAGAUGAUAAAUCGUCUGCAGGAUACCAGACUCACACUCGUCUCUUAUCCCCUAGCACCCAAGGACCCCGUUCAAGAUGCGUUCCCAGCCAUCUGCAAGACCUACAACGUCUUGUUGAAGGAAUCAUCUGACCUUGGCGAGAGGGUGAUUGUCGCUGGAGACAGUUCAGGGGGCAACAUCGCUCUAUGCCUGGUGACUUGGACAAUGAGACAUCAAGAUGUGCAAGCCGUUCGACCUCCAUCCGCCAUCCUCGCCAUCACUGCGACUACCGAUCUACGUCACAACCACCCCGACAUCAAAAAGGUGGACAAGGUCGAUCCUAUUUUGAGCGAGUCGUCCAUCAAUGAUACAGCCGGUGCAUGGGCCCCAGGCCACUCAGACGUGAAUCAACAAAACGGAACGAGCAAGGAAACAACAGAUCGAAAUGAAAAGCUCAACUGGUCCGCCGAUGAUCCCCGAGUCUCACCCAUCCAUGCCGACCUAGGCGUCUGUAUCAGGAACAAUGUCAAGAUCCAUGGUAUUACAGCUUCUCAUGAUGUUCUUGGGCCAGAGGCUGUUGAGUUCAGAGAGAGAUGUAGAAAGGAAGGCAUUGAUGGAGAGUGGUUGUCUUGGGGUGAUCAGAUGCAUUGCUUCCCGUUGGCAUACAAGUAUGGGUUGAAGGAGAACUCAGCAUCACACCGCCUACACAACAUCGAUAUGCCUGGUAGGGACCCCGGAAUAUCGUAUGGCUCUUCCCCUGACGCCAAAAUGCCUGGUGUCUUGUGCCCCAAGUGCACGACGACUGAGAAGCAAGUUUGGGUCAUGCCUGGCCACUCCUGCCCCUAUUGUGGCAAUUUGACUCGUCUCUCUAAGAACUCGACCGUCUCGACUUUCAAUAUGGUCGAGCGCUAG